GGCAAGGACACCCAGCAGGUUCCUGUAUCUCCCAAAUCCCUGAACCUGUGACGGAGGCCCCAGGCCCAGUAGGAGCAGGAGGCCAUCAUGGCGAAGGAGGAAGAUGAGGAAAAGAAAGCCAAGAAAGGGAAGAAGGGGAAGAAGGCCCCAGAGCCUGAAAAGCCCAAACGGAGCUUGAAGGGUACAUCUCGGCUGUUCAUGGGCUUCCGAGACCGCACGCCCAAGAUCUCCAAGAAGGGCCAGUUCCGGAGCGCGUCGGCCUUCUUCUGGGGCCUCCACACCGGCCCCCAGAAGACCAAACGCAAGAAGAAGGCCCGCACGGUCCUCAAGUCCACGUCCAAGCUCAUGACGCAGAUGCGCAUGGGCAAGAAGAAGCGGGCGAUGAAGGGCAAGAAGCCGUCCUUCAUGGUGAUCCGCUUCCCGGGCCGGAAGGGCUACGGCCGCCUCCGACCUCGAGCCCGCUCCCUCAGCAAGGCAUCCACGGCCAUCAACUGGCUCACCAAGAAGUUCCUCCUCAAGAAGGCCGAGGAGUCCGGCAGCGAGCAGGCCACACUGGACGCCUGGCUGCAGCGCUCUGACUCCCGCAUGGGCUCCCAGAAGCUGUCUUUCCCGUCCGGGGCGGAGAUCCUGCGGCACGGGGGCCGGCUGCGCAGGUUCCCCCGCAGCCACAGCAUCUACUCGUCCGGGGAGCCCGUGGGCUUCCUGCCUUUCGAGGACGAGGCGCCCUUCCGGCACGCGGGCUCCCGCAAGUCGCUGUACGGGCUGGAGGGCUUCCAGGACCUGGGUGAAUACUACGACUACCACCGCGAGGGCGACGACUACUACGACCAGCAGUCGCUGCACCGCCACGAGGGGCAGGAGCCCUACCUGCCCGGCUACGGUCCCUACGGCGCGGCCUGGCCGCCCUAUGCCGACUACCCCCACGGGUACCCGCCGGAGGACCCCUACGAGUACUACCUCCCCGACCCCUACGGCGGCUACUUCGUCCCAGGCCCCGGCUAUGGCUACGACGACUACGAGCCCCCCUACGCGCCCCCAUCCGGGUACUCGUCCCCCUACGGCUACCAGGGUGGGCUCGCGGGCGAGGCCUACCCCUACAGCUACUACCUGGAUCCCUACGCGCCCUACGACGUGCCCUACGCGCCCUACGACCUGCCGUACGAGGCUGCCUACGACGUGCCCUACCUGGGGCCCUACGCUGCCCCCUACGCUGCCCCCUACGCUGAAGGCAUCUACGGUGGAGGGGACGAGGCCAUCUACCCACCAGGGGCGCCCUACCUUUACCCAGAGGAGCCGGCCUUCGCGUACCCCUGGGCACCACCGCCCAUCCUGUCGCCCCACAACCCAUACGCCCACCCCAUGGAUGACAUCGUGGAACUGGAGGAGCCGGAGGACGCCAGCGGGGAGCAGCGGGGCACGUCCUUCCGCCUGCCGAGCUCGGCCUUCUUCGAGCAGCAGGGCAUGGACAGGCCCGCCCGGUCCAAGCUGUCCCUCAUCCGCAAGUUCCGCCUCUUCCCGCGGCCGCAGGUGAAGCUGUUCGGCAAGGAGAAGCUGGACGUGCCCCUGCCGCCGUCCCUGGACAUCCCGCUGCCCUUGGCGGAUGCGGACGAGGAGGACGACGAGGACGAGAUGACCGCGGCGGCCGCGCCGCCCUACGGCCACCCCUACUGGGCCUUCCUCACGCCGCGCCAGCGCAACCUGCAGCGCGCGCUGUCCGCCUUCGGGGCGCCCCGCGGCCUGGGCUUCGGCCCCGAGGGCCCGUUCCAGCCGCCCUUCCCGCCCCCGCCUCGCCGGCCCCAAUCGCUGCGGGAGCCCCUGGCCCCACGCCGAGCCUCGGGGCGCUCGCCUGUGCUGGGUUCACCCCGCCCACCCUCUCCCCCGCCUCUGCUGGGCCCCCGCCCAAAGCAGCGCUCCCUCCAUUUACCCUCGCGCUUCCCGCACACGUGGCGGCGGCUCAGUGAGCCCCCCACCCGAGCAGUGAGGCCGCGAGUACUGCAGCCCUUCCGCCUGCCUUCCCGCGCAGGGUCUUGGGGCGUGGCUGCCGGGCCCCCAGAGCGCAGGGAGAGCCAGCAGGAACCUGAGGACGCUGACACACCCUGGACCGUGCCUCCACUGACCCCCAUCUGGGACGUGGAAGUGCCUCCCGCCCAGCGCCCACCCUCCCCCUGGCCCGGAGGUGUGGGUAGCCUUCGAGGCUUUUCCAGGCCAUCCCCUCUGCCCAAGAAUCCCCUCCUUCAGCACGUGGGCCCCCUGCCAUCUCCUGCACCCCAGUCUGAGGACCCAGGCUCGGACUCAACCGGUGUAUUAUUGGGCAGACACCAGGACCCGGGGCCUGGACAGCUCACCAAGUCAGCCUCCCCAGACCCUGAACAGCCCGAAGAAGCUGCUCCCGCGGAGCUCGAGGCACCAACAGAGCCUGAGACUUGUAUCCUGACAUCUCCCAAGGAUGUGGCCCCAGAGCAGAAGGUGUUAAGGCUCAGCCUCUCAUACCCACUGGCCACAUGCGACCAGGCAAGGGCCACAUGGCCACCAUGGCGCCGCUGGAAGACGCUGCCCAGAGCCCCGGCCCCCUUUGCACCCACCGGGCCCCCAGCGCCUCUGCCUCAGGCGGGUGAGGCGUGCCAGGCUCGCUCUGGGCGCUUUGCCGUGGUCAUGCCUCGGGUUCGGAAACUGACUUCUUUUCAGUUUGGGCCUACUACCCUGCAGACCUCGGAGCAGCCAGCCCCAGAGCCUGAACAUGGCCCGGAGCUCCAAGCUUGCAAUCUGCACUGGCCCCGCCUCUGGCUGCGGGCAGAUGCCCACCUGCCUUGGCCACAAAUAUACACCCGGGGUCAUUCUCACCACCUGGUCCCUGGAGCUGGCUACCUGUCCCUCAGGGGCCCCUGGAAAGGGGUUGACCCCAAAAGCUGGCUGAACAAGAUGCACUCCAUCCGCAACCUGCCUUCUGUUCGGAGCCGCGAACAGCGCAGAGAGGACGGUGUGGAGGACAUGACGCAGCUGGAAGACCUCCAGGAGACCACUGUGCUGUCCAAUCUCAAGACCAGAUUUGAGCGGAACCUCAUCUAUACAUACAUCGGCAGCAUCUUGGUGUCCGUGAACCCAUACCAAAUGUUCGGGAUCUAUGGGCCGGAGCAGGUGCAGCAGUACAGCGGGAGGGCCUUGGGCGAUAAUCCCCCACACCUCUUCGCGAUCGCUAAUCUCGCCUUCGCCAAAAUGCUCGAUGCCAAACAGAACCAGUGCAUAAUCAUCAGUGGAGAGAGCGGCUCUGGCAAAACUGAGGCCACCAAGCUGAUUCUGCGCUUCCUGGCUGCCAUGAACCAGAAGCGGGACGUCAUCCAGCAGAUAAAGAUCCUGGAAGCAACACCCCUCUUGGAGUCCUUCGGUAACGCCAAAACCGUCAGGAACGACAACUCCAGCCGCUUUGGGAAGUUCGUGGAGAUCUUUCUGGAAGGGGGCGUGAUCUCUGGUGCCAUAACCUCCCAGUACCUGCUGGAGAAAUCUCGGAUUGUGUUUCAGGCCAAAAACGAGAGGAAUUACCACAUUUUCUACGAGCUGUUGGCGGGUCUGCCUGCUCAGCUGCGGCAGGCCUUCAGCCUUCAGGAAGCCGAGACCUACUACUACCUGAACCAGGGCGGGAACUGUGAGAUCCUGGGGAAGAGCGAUGCUGAUGACUUCCGCCGGCUCCUGGCUGCCAUGGAGGUGCUGGGCUUCAGCAGCGAGGACCAGGACAGCAUCUUCCGCAUCCUGGCCUCCAUCCUACACCUGGGGAAUGUGUACUUCGAGAAGUACGAGACAGACACGCAGGAGGUGGCCUCGGUGGUGAGCGCCCGGGAGAUCCAGGCUGUAGCCGAGCUGCUGCAGGUCUCCCCUGAGGGCCUGCAGAAGGCCAUCACCUUCAAAGUGACCGAGACAAUGCGAGAGAAGAUCUUCACGCCCCUGACCGUGGAGAGCGCUGUGGAUGCCAGGGAUGCCAUCGCCAAGGUCUUGUAUUCACUGCUGUUCAGCUGGUUGAUUGCCAGGGUCAACGCACUGGUAUCCCCGCAGCAGGACACGCUGUCCAUUGCCAUCCUGGACAUCUACGGCUUUGAGGACCUGAGCUUCAACAGCUUUGAGCAGCUGUGCAUUAACUACGCCAAUGAGAACCUCCAGUACCUUUUCAACAAGAUCAUCUUCCAGGAGGAGCAGGAGGAGUAUAUCCGCGAGCAGAUUGACUGGCGGGAGAUCACCUUUGCCGACAAUCAGCCCUGCAUCAACCUCAUCUCGCUCAGACCCUAUGGCAUCCUGCGUAUCCUUGACGACCAGUGCUGCUUUCCGCAGGCCACGGACCACACAUUCCUGCAGAAGUGCCACUACCACCACGGCACCAACCCGCUGUACUCCAAGCCCAAGAUGCCGCUACCUGAGUUCACCAUCAAACACUACGCGGGCAAGGUCACCUACCAGGUGCACAAGUUCUUGGACAAGAACCAUGACCAGGUGCGCCAGGAUGUGCUGGACCUGUUCGUACGGAGUCGGACGAGGGUGGUGGCACACCUCUUCUCCAGCCACGCCCCACAGGCUGCCCCCCAGCGGCUGGGUAAGAGCAGCUCCAUGACCCGACUCUACAAGGCGCACACAGUGGCUGCCAAGUUCCAGCAGUCGCUCUUGGACCUGGUGGAAAAGAUGGAGAGGUGUAACCCCUUGUUUGUGCGUUGCCUGAAGCCCAACCACAAGAAGGAGCCGGGUCUCUUUGAGCCGGACGUGGUGAUGGCCCAGUUACGCUACUCGGGGGUUCUGGAGACUGUGCGGAUCCGCAAGGAGGGCUUCCCGGUGCGGCUACCUUUCCAGGUGUUCGUUGACAGGUACCGCUGCCUGGUGGCCCUCGAGCACAGCCUGCCAGCUAACGGGGACAUGUGUGUGUCGGUGCUGAGCCGCCUGUGCACGGUCACGCCAAACAUGUACCGUGUUGGGGUCAGCAAGCUGUUCCUUAAGGAACAUCUGCACCAGCUGCUGGAAAGCAUGCGUGAGCACGUCCUGAACCUGGCGGCCCUCACGUUGCAGCGUUACCUCCGCGGCUUCUUCAUCCAGCGGCGCUUCCGCUCCCUGCGCCGUAAGAUCAUCCUACUGCAGAGCCGGGCCCGCGGCUACCUUGCCAGGCAACGCUACCAGCAGAUGCGAAGGCGCCUGGUGAAGUUCCGAGCCCUGGUGCACAUGUACAUGGACCACCGGCGCUACCUCAAGCUGAGGGCAGAACGCAGGCGCCGGGUGGAGGAGGUGCGGCUGCGGGAGCAGGAGGAGCUGAGCAAGCGGCAGGUGGUAGCUGUGGGACACCUGGAGGUCCCAGCCGAGCUGACUGGGCUCUUGCAAGCAGUGGCAGGCCUCAGGCUGCCCAAGGUCCCUCGAGUGGCCCCUGUGCGGACGCCCCGGCUCCAGACUGAACCCCGAGUCACCCUGCCCCUAGAUAUCAACAACUACCCCAUGGCCAAGUUUGUCCGGUGCUACUUCAAGGAGCCUGCCUUUGGGAUGCUGACAGCCCCCCUGAGGACACCCCUCACGCGGCUGCCGCCUGAGCACCAUGCAGAGGCCGUGAGCACCUUCAAGCUGAUCCUGCGUUUCAUGGGCGACCCCCACCUGCACGGCGCCCAGGAGAACACCUUUGGGAACUAUAUCGUGCAGAAGGGGCUAGUGGUGCCUGAGCUGCGGGACGAGAUCCUGGCCCAGCUGGCCAACCAGGUGUGGCACAAUCACAACGCUCACAAUGCCGCACGCGGCUGGCUGCUGCUGGCCGCCUGCCUCAGCAGCUUUGCACCGUCCCCGCGCCUCGACAAGUUCCUCCUCAAGUUCGUGUCUGACUAUGGGCGGAACGGCUUCCAGGCAGUGUGUCAGCACCGCCUCAUGCAGGCCAUGGGCCAGACCCCACAGCAAGGCUCAGGGGUGGCCCGCACCUUCCCCCCGACCCAGCUGGAGUGGACCACCAUCCACGAGAAGGCCAGCAUGGCGCUGGACGUGAGCUGCUUCAACGGUGACCAGUUUUCCUGCCCAGCACACUCCUGGAGCACCGGGGAAGAGAUGGCUGGAGACAUCCUGAGGCACAGGGGGCUGACUGACGGCUGGCGGGGCUGGACGGUAGCCAUGAAGAGUGGUGUCCAGUGGGCGGAGCUGGCUGGCCAUGACUACGUGCUGGAUCUGGUGUCAGACCUGGAACUCCCCAAGGACUUCCCACGACAGAAGUCCUACUUCAUCGUGGGUGCAGAAGGGCCCAUGGCCAGCAGGGGAGGCCCCAGCGUGCUGUUUGGGAACAGCUGGGACUCAGAUGAAGACACACCCAUUAGGUCUCAGCCCCAGGACCGGGAGUCCAAAGUGCUUGGCUCUGAGGAGUACUGCAGCCACAGUGAGGACAGUGCAAAUGGGGAGCCUGAGGCCCAGAGAGGGACAGCGACACAUCAAGAUUCAGAUGGCCUGGGAGAGCCCACCGUGCCCCCCAAGGGCUUGGACUGCUACCUGGACAGCCUCUUCAACCCCGUCUUGUCCUACGGGGACGCGGACCUGGAGAAGCCUACGGCCAUUGCCUACCGCAUGAAAGGGGGCGGCCAGCCUGGCGAAGGUGGCAGUAGCGGUACUGAAGACGCCCUCAAGAGAGCCCCAGAACCAAAGCCAAAGCCAAUCCCUGGCCUGGACGCCUCCACGCUGGCUCUGCAGCAAGCCUUCAUCCACAAGCAGGCCGUGCUCCUGGCCCGCGAGAUGACCCUGCAGGCCAUGGCGCUCCAGCAGCAGCCGCUGAGCCCUUCCUUGAGACCCUUGCCCCCGCAGAAGCCUCUAGCGCCAGAGGCGUGGCCGAGGUGUGUAGGCGCCGGUCCCCCUGCCAAACCUGUGCUCCUGAGGUCCUCUCCAAGGCCUGUGGCUCCAGCCUUUCUGGCCAAGGCCCCAAGGCCGCCCACCAAGCCUGCGGCUGCCCCCGUUCUAGCUCAGGACCGAGCUUCACCAGAAAGCACAUCAGCCUCCCCAGAACUGGUCCGGUACUCCACGCUCAACUCGGAACACUUUCCACAGCCCACGCAGCAGAUCCGGGACAUCGUCAGGCAGUACCAGCAGCCACUGCGUGGGGGCCGCCCUGAGACCUUCAGGAAGGACGGCGGGAAAGUGUUCCUGAAGCGGCCUGACCCUCACGAGGAGGCCCUGGUGCUCCUGAAGGGGCAGAUGGCUCAGCGGGCGGCAGCACCAGGCACUCAGGUGUCCGGAGAGGCUGUGGCCCUGGUGAAGCCAGUGACCAGCGCACCAAAGACGUCCAUGGGGCCCGCUCCAGCGCUGCCUUCCAGGUCGCUGGAGCCCCCUGAGGAACCCGUGCAGACCCGACUGCAUCGCCUCGUCAACCCCAACUUCUACGGCUACCAGAGCGCCCCCUGGCGGAUCUUCCUGCGCAAAGAGGUGUUUUACCCCAAGGACAGCUACAGCCACCCUGUGCAGCUAGACCUCCUGUUCCGGCAGAUCCUGCACGACACACUCUCAGAGGCCUGCGUGCGCAUCUCCCAGGAUGAGAGGCUCAGGAUGAAGGCCCUCUUUGCCCAGAACCAGCUGGAUGCAAAGCAGCCUCUGGUAACAGAGAGUGUCAAGCGGGCUGUGGUCGACACCGCCCGAGACAGCUGGGAGAUCUACUUCUCGCGCCUCUUCCCCGCCACGGGCAGCGUGGGAACUGGUGUGCAGAUCCUAGCCGUGUCCCACACAGGCAUCAAACUCCUUCGGAUGGUCAAGAGCGGCCAGGAGGCCAGCGGGCAGCUCCAAGUCCUGCGUGCAUACAGCUUUGCAGACAUCCUGUUUGUGACCAUGCCCUCGCAGAACAUGUUGGAGUUCAACUUAGCCAGCGAGAAGGUCAUCCUCUUCUCAGCCCGAGCUCACCAGGUCAAGACCCUAGUGGACGACUUCAUUCUGGAGCUGAAGAAGGAGUCUGACUAUGUGGUCGCUGUGAGGAACUUCCUGCCUGAGGACCCAGCGCUGCUGGCCUUCCACAAGGGUGACAUCAUCCACCUGCAGCCCCUGCAGCCGCCUCGAGUGGGGUACAGCGCCGGCUGUGUGGUCCGCAAGAAGGUGGUCUACCUGGAGGAGCUACAGCGCAGAGGCCCUGACUUCGGCUGGCGAUUUGGGACGAUCCACGGGCGCGUGGGCCGCUUCCCUUCUGACCUAGUGCAGCCUGCUGCUGCCCCUGACUUCCUGCAGCUACCAGCGGAGCCGGGCCGGGGCCGCGCUGCAGCUGUGGCUGCUGCUGUGGCCUCAACAGCUGCUGCACAGGAGGUGGGCCGCAGGAGAGAGGGUCCCCCAGUUAGGGCCCGUUCUGCUGACCGAGGCGAGGAUGCCCUGGAGUUUUCACCGUAUGCAAUGCUUGAGUUUGCCCAGAAGUAUUUCCGAGACCCUCAGAGGCGGCCCCAGGAUGGCCUCAGGCCGAAGUUCAAGGAGGGCCGGGAGUCCAGGACCUUGGAGGACAUGCUUUGCUUCACCAAGACCCCACUCCAGGAAUCCCUCAUUGAGCUCAGUGACAGCAGCCUCAACAAGAUGGCCACAGACAUGUUCCUAGCUGUGAUGAGGUUCAUGGGGGACGCCCCACUGAAGGGCCAGAGUGAACUGGACGUGCUGUACACCCUCUUGAAGCUUUGUGAGGACCAUGAGGUCAUGCGAGAUGAGUGUUACUGCCAAAUUGUGAAGCAGAUCACAGACAAUACCAGCUCCAAGCCGGACAGCUGCCAGCGAGGCUGGAGGCUGUUGUACAUCAUGGCUGCCUACCACAGCUGCUCUGAGGUCCUCUACCCACACCUCAUGCGCUUUCUCCAGCACGUGAGCAGGACCCCAGGCCUGCCCUUCCAGGGGAUUGCGAAGGCCUGUGAGCAGAACCUGAAGAAGACCUUGCGCUUCGGGGGACGUCUGGAGCUCCCCAGCAGCAUGGAGCUCCGGGCCAUGUUGGCAGGUCGCAGUUCCAAGAGGCAGCUUUUCCUUCUUCCCGGAGGCCUUGAACGCCAUCUAAAAAUCAAAACAUGCACUGUGGCCCUGGACGUGGUGGAGGAGAUUUGUGCUGAGAUGGCUCUGACACGCCCAGAGGCCUUCGAUGAGUAUGUGCUCUUCGUUGUCACCAACCGAGGCCAGCACGUGUGCCCGCUCAGCCGCUGUGCCUACAUCCUGGACGUGGCCUCAGAGAUGGAGCAGGUGGAUGGUGGCUACAUGCUCUGGUUCCGGCGCAUACUCUGGGAUCAGCCGCUCAAGUUCGAGAAUGAGCUGUAUGUGACUAUGCACUACAACCAGGUGCUGCCCGACUACCUGAAGGGCCUCUUCAGCAGCGUGCCAGCCAGCCGGCCCAGCGAGCAGCAGUUGCAGCAGGUGUCCAAGCUAGCCUCAUUGCAGCACCGGGCCAGAGACCACCUCUACCUGCCCAGCGUGCGGGAGGUCCAGGAAUACAUCCCGGCCCAGCUGUACUGCACCAUGGCUGGCUCCGCCUGGCUCAACCUGAUUGGCCAGCACAGGCAGCAGAUGCAGGCGCUCAGCCCUCACCAGGCCCGUGCCCAGUUCCUGGGCCUCCUCAGUGCCUUUCCCAUGUUCGGCUCCUCCUUCUUCUUCAUCCAGAGCUGCAGCAACCUUGCUGUACCAGCCCCAUGCAUCCUAGCUGUCAACCACAACGGCCUCAACUUCCUCAGCACCGACAGCCAUGAACUGAUGGUGAAGUUCCCCCUGAAGGAGAUCCAGUCCACACGGACCCAGCGACCCACAGCCAACUCCAGCUAUCCCUAUGUGGAGAUCGCGCUGGGGGAUGCGGUGGCCCAGCGUACUAUGCAGCUGCAGCUGGAGCAGGGUCUGGAGCUAUGUCGUGUGGUGGCCGUGCACCUGGAGAACCUGCUCAGUGCCCGGGAGAAGCGGCUCACACUGCCCCCCAGCGAGAUCACCCUGCUCUGACCUGGCCCCCAGCCCUCCACAUGCCUUCUGCCGGAAGACUCCCUGUGUGGCCUCAGGAAAGCCACCGGACCUUGUUAAGCCAGUGACCGCUGGAAGGGCCAGAACCUUGGAGGAAAGCACAGGAAGAAAGAGGAGCCCAGGCCCCAAGAGGACUGAUCCAGAAUUGGGACAGAGUCACAGCCUGCAGACUUGGGCCAGACAGCCGAAGAAACUGUCAAAGCCUGGCCCGAACUACAGGGGAUCCUGGCCUCCUGCCGGCUGCCCGCCACAGACCCUGCUUCUGAUGCCCAUGUGGCAGAGAAACCCCACGUCAGCCUGCCUUUGGUUUACUCAGGGCCUGAUGUUUGAAUCUACACCAGCUGCACCCCCCAGCCACCACCUGUCCCCCUCGGGUGUGUCCCACCUUGUGCAGCCUCUCAACCUGACCUGUGACCGUAGGCCAUUUCUGUGCCUGGCAGCCACUUUCUCCAUGAAGUUGCUAAGAGGCAGGACAAGUCAAGGCAGGAGGCAGAGCUGUGCCCCACUCACUAUCUAUGACCAGCCCUUCCAGAGAGACUCUGUUCGUCCUGUAGGGUCUGGCCCUCUACUCUGCACUCCUUGGGUAGCCCCAACCCCGUGCCCUCAUUGCGGGAUGGGCCGGGAUGGGCCAAGAUUCAAGAGCGGUGAGUGGAAAGUGAGAAGUUUGGGAAAGAGCUUCCCAGAGAAUGGUACACUAGGGUUGGGUUUUGAAAGAUGACUAAUCCCAGCACUCGGGAGGCUGAGGCAGGAGGAUCGUUGCGAGUUUGAGACCAGCCUGGGCUACAAAGUGAAC